CUCUUCUUAACUCUUUACACAUUCUCACAAAUGGCGUCUGUUCAACAUGGUAUAGAUCAAGGAAUGGAGGUUUUCAACAAUGAGCUGAUGAUCAUGUCGUUUUUGGAAGAAGGAUCACCUGUAGCUAAUCAUAGUAGCAUCAUCAACGAAGAGGAAGAGAAGGAACUAAACCGCGUGAUAAGAUCUCUAGAAGUGGAGAUCAACACGAGUUCUUCUUCGCCCAUAGAGUCUCGAGACAAUGAUCUCCAACAGACAAAAUCCGGUCUGGAAGAUGAUUUCGAGUUGCUAAACGACUUUGACAUUGGUGUGGUUAUGUCGCAAAUUGAUAACGAGAUGAUGAAUUGGUGUACGGAGUUUUCUUGCAUUGAUGGUGUAGAUGGUAGUGGUCUUGAGAUUGAAGGUGGUGAUUAUUAUUCUCAUAUUAACUAUGGAUACUCUUUCUCUGUGGCAAGAGAGUAGUGAUGUAGUUAUGUAUUGAUGAAUUAACAAAAGGCUGUUUCAUAUCUGUUAAUUAUAGAUCCUGUUGAUAAUGCAAUGAUCACUAGAUGAGAAAGCUAGUUACUAAAACUAGCUAUCUAUCAAACAUCAGUUGGAUACAAAUAUAUACACUUCAGUUUAUACUAUUUCUUAUGAUCAAAAGAUGGUUUAAUAUAUACUUUAUUUCACCUUAGAAUUAGUCCUUUUAUGGACUAUACAUCUAUGCUAAGUGAGUUUGUAUUUAGUUUUGUAAUGAG